CAUUUUUUCGCCUGGUGGCAGACAUAUGGUACUAAUUUGUCAAAAUAGGUUACAGUCCGACUACGUAAAAGACUCCGUGUCAAGUUUCGCAAACUAAUCGGGUCUCUCUUUCUCUCUUGUGGGUUUCAACGCACCAAAGCGCUUGUUAUCGUAUUCCAGACAUUAUUUUGUAAUUUAUCCGCAUAUCGUACUGCAAGGCUACGUCGCUUACGUGCGUGUCGUUUUCCGUGAGGAGAAAUACGUCGAAAUCAGUGCAUUAUUGUUUCCUGAAACGUGAAAAUGUGUAGUCGCGCAGUGCGCGGGUCGAACCAGUCUAGGUGAAAGACCCGGGCAAGUUAAGACUCCGACGCGUGACGAUCCGCGACGGGGAAACGUGGUGUCGAACUAGCACGGCGGCCGUCGGGCGUCUGUUAUCAAACAGGGCUCGGGCUCGGGCGGCAUGGCGGAGGCAGCGCCCGGCGUCGUCGGCGAGGAGCCGGCCGGCAUCGUGAAGGAGGGCUGGCUGCAGAAGCGCGGCGAGCACAUCCGGAACUGGCGCGACCGCUACUUCGUGCUGUUUGACAACGGGGACCUGGUGGGCUUCAAGGCGCAGCCGGAGCGGCGGCACUACCGCGACCCGCUGAACAAGUUCACGGUGCGCGACUGCCAGAUCAUGGCCACGGACAAGCCGCGACCGUACACCUUCACGAUCCGUGGUCUCCAGUGGACCACGGUCAUCGAGCGCAACUUCUCUGUGGAUACCGAGAAGGAACGCGAGGAGUGGGUGGCGGCGAUACGCUUCGUGUCAUCCCAGCUGAGCGCUGGGGGCCCCAGUGCGGGCUCCAGCACCGCCCAGGACGCCGAGGACCGCGACAUCGCGCAGCUCGGCACCAGCUUCAAGGACCCGCGCCGUAUCACUUUGGAAAAGUUCGAGUUCUUGAAAGUGCUCGGCAAGGGGACGUUCGGCAAAGUUGUCCUGUCGCGCGAGAAGGGCACAGGCAAGCUGUACGCCAUGAAGAUCCUGAAGAAGCAUCUCAUCAUCCAGAAGGACGAGGUUACGCACACGCUCACAGAGAACCACGUGCUUAAGAAGACUAAGCAUCCUUUUCUCACGGCGCUCCGCUUCUCGUUCCAAACCGCCGACCGGGUGUUCUUCGUCAUGGAGUACGCCAACGGAGGCGAACUUUUCUUCCACCUCUCCCGCGAACGUUCCUUCACCGAAGACAGGGCGCGAUUCUACGGCGCUGAGAUCGUCAGCGCGCUUGGAUACCUGCAUUCUGAGGGCAUUAUAUACCGCGAUCUGAAGUUGGAGAAUCUGCUACUGGAUAAAGAUGGACAUGUCAAGAUUGCUGACUUUGGACUCUGCAAGGUGAACAUCACGUACGGGCGCACGACGAAGACGUUCUGCGGCACGCCCGAGUACCUGGCGCCCGAGGUGCUGGAGGACGCGGACUACGGGCCCGCCGUGGACUGGUGGGGCACCGGAGUGGUCCUCUACGAAAUGGUCUGCGGCCGGCUGCCCUUCUACAACCGAGACCACGAGGUGCUAUUCGCCCUCAUCGUAUCCGAAGAGGUCCGGUUCCCACGGGCCCUCUCCGCGGCCGCGCGGAGCCUGCUCGCCGGUCUGCUCACUAAGGAGCCAGCAUCGAGACUGGGCGGCGGACCUGAUGACAGCCAUGAGAUCAUGGCCCAUCCCUUCUUCGCGUCCGUCAACUGGGCGGACUUGCUCGCUAAGAAGAUUCCGCCACCGUUUAAGCCUCAGGUGGAAUCGGACACGGACACGCGCUACUUCGACUCGGAGUUCACGGGCGAGAGCGUGGAGCUGACGCCGCCCGAGCCCGACGGCGCGCUGGCGCGCAUCCAGGAGGAGCGCUUCCCGGAGUUCUCCUACCAGGACAUCUGCUCCUCCGCGCACUCCGCGCUGUCCUCGCUGCAGCCGCUGCAGCCCCUGCAGCCCCGCCAGCGCAGCCCGCCGCAGCCGCCCGGCUGGGCCUAGACUUGUAAAUAUUGGAGGUUGCACGUCAAUCAAGUUUGAGGUAGGCAAAUAUCACCAUGGAAAUUGGGCGUUUUCUAAAUUAAUUAUCGAAAACCUGAGUCUCACAGAUCCUGGUGUUUUUGGGUUCUUUCAACUCAGAAUCACUAGCAUAUUCAAUUCUGAUGAUAAAAUAAAAUGUCCCAAAAAAUUUUAUGAAAAUUGUACGUUCCACUACGUCACGCACAUACAAGUGAAAAUUGUUUUCAUACUAAAACGUGACGUAAUGGAAUGGACUUUUGGGACAUCUUUUUUUAAUGCUGUCGAUUCUGAGUAGUAUGAGCCAAAAACGUCCUGAUUUGAAAGAAUCAGGUUUUCAAUAUUUAUUUUAGAAAACGACCGAUUAUGAAACGCAUAUGUUUCGUUCUUUUGGGGUGAUUCUCUUGCAAGCAGGUUAACUUAGUAAUAUAGUUUGAUAGGAACUUUCAAAAGAAUCACCUCAAAGUGUCCGUGAAUGUAUACCGUGGGUUGGUUCGGUAUAGGUGAAUAAACUCGCUUCAAAAUUAUGUUGUACAUGCAACCUCCGGUGCAAUUAUAAGCUUCUCGCUGACAACGACACACUUGACCACUUGUAGAUAAGGCCGCUGUAGAUAUGCCUAAACUUAGCAUGCUAAAAUGUGUUCUUUGUACUGUCUUCUAUGACUUACAUGUUGACUGCCUUUACGAACAUUGUUUUUCAGUCUUUCAUUCGUUAAGGUAAAUUUAGCCAUACUUUAAACUCACGUUUUGUACACAAUUAAUGUCAUUAACGGGUCUAACCCCGCAGACAGAUGUCUCGUUGGACCCGUUAAUGACAUUAAUUAAAUUUAGCCAUGUGUUUAACGGCCUAUACUUAAAUAAUUCCAGUGAAAUAUGAACAUACAUCGGGGAUUAGGUGCGGGAAUGAUUUCGUGUACAUUAUAACUUUGUUUAUUGUUAAAUAAUUACCAAACUAUGAAUUGAAAAUAGGUAGUUAGCUCCAAAUUUGUUUAGAAAUGUUAAAAUAGUAUCGGUUUUUACCUAUUGUUUGGUUAGUGUAGAACAUUCCCGCACCAAAAACCCCGAUGUAUGAACUUAAAUUUUCUGGUAUCAUUAACAUUUUUCUCAAAACUUAAACCUUUCGUAGCGACUACACUACUAAAUUAUUUAAAAGCUUCUACAUUCUAUUUUUUUAAUUAAAUAAAACCCGUUUCAGUCGCAGCAUCAGCACUUUAUAUUGUUAUAGAAAAAAGUCUACAAAUGGUCAGUUUGUGCCUGAUUGUACAACCAGAAGGCAUAUCGCAUUGCCGUCAUAAACAAAAUAAAGCAUCUGUCUUUCCAACUACAUAUGUAGUGCAUAAUUAUUUUCCUUCGUAUUUUCACGGAAACGUACGAACGUGUCUUGCUAUUUCAGUCAGUCUCGGUACAAAAAGUACUGAGGUCGACUGAAGUAGCAUGACAAAUACGAACGUUUCCGAGAAAGUACGAUGGAAAACAAUUAUGCACUAGAUAUGGACUCUUCUUUAUCUUUAGUUGUUACCUCGCCAAUCUGCAUUUAUUUUAUCCGUAUACUUUCAACGAUCAAUUUGUAUAAAAAUGAAACACGAGAGUCAGAUGUUUUGUCUUGCUUUAUUAUGUCGGCUGUACACACUCGCCGAGUGUCGACACCGCUCCGAUCCGAUCGGAGAAGCACGAGACCAAACAAGAAAGACGAGAAGGGAGCAGCAUGUACUCGUUCUCGGCCUGUCUCGGGAUAUCUCGACGAGUGUGCAUAACCUACAGCCCACAUCACGAACGCGAACGCCUGCAGCAAACUAAUCGCAAAGGAUGUGCUGUUGAGGGUAGAAUUAAUUCUGAAACUGGCAAAAUAACAUCAAAAAGGUCCACAGUUCAAGCCUUGAACCCGAGAGCACGAUAUCGGGUCAGCAAUGAGGAACAACAUUCGACUCUAAAUUUAAAUCUUCAGGGUCGUUUUUUGGCUGGCAAAUUUACUCUCUUUGGAAUUUAGAGGUUGAUUCUCAUCAUUGUUGCAGAUACCACUUAGACCUCUGACAAAGAAAUGAAAACAUGUCAUACAACUCGCAGAGAGCUCACUAGAUGGCGUUGUCUUUAUGUGUCUGAGCCUGCUUUGAACGAUCACUGGUUUCAAGUAUACUCGUUAGUUUUCAAGCUGGUACUUACGGCUAACUCAUUGUCUAUUGUAAGUAAAACCGCACGUGCUACUUAGCUGCAUUAAAAAAGGUUCGGUCACUUUAACCGGUUAUUGUAGUAGCACGUGCGGUUUUACUUACAAGAGACAAAGAGUUAGGCUUAAAGGGCCAGCUUGAAAACUAACGACUAUACGUCUUAUUCUGCCCUCAAAAGCGGUCUGCUUCGCGAUUAGGCUGACAACCGACAAUCCGAUUGUCAAUGUAACUGCCUCGCAAUCUGAUUGUCCAUGCGGAUGUGUUGUUGAUUGAUUUUUAAUUGAGCUUUUUUAAUGAAAGAAACGAUAAAUUUGAGAAAAGACGGGUUUUGACAUGGAAAUUAUAGCGCGGGUAUGCAAUAUUUAACACUAUUGCCGCGCCGUAAGGUCGCUAAUGUGUCACAGGGACCUGUUAAAAGGUUUGAAUGUACACAUCAUCGCAUGUAUUAUCUUUGUGUUGUACAGACUAAAAAUGGAGUAAUUCACUAACAAAUUAAUUUAAAAUUGGAGGAAUUACUAAAUGUGUUCCGUAGAUUCCAACUGUUUUGAAAGACGCGUGUGAGAUAUGGACCCUUGUAUGUAAUUAGAUAUGUAAAUUAGUAUAGUAUGAAAUGUAAUAACAUUUGGAAUCUACUGACGCACAACUUUUUUGCAGUUUAUAUUAUGGUUUGUAUUGUACAAAGAAAUAAUACAGUUACCAACAAAAGUAGUUAAGUAGAAGAUCAAAUGUGCAGAUCAUCGUUUUCAUGGCAAUUUUGCUGCUAACUGUACAUUAAGCUCAAAUAAAAAUCAAUCAAUGAUCAAUCGCAUUGCCAACACAUAAUUUACUAAACGGGAGGACCCGACUCCGACUGUACCAAUCGCAAAAUCUGGCGAUUGAAGUCCUACAGUCUCUUUCACGCUUGCCAAGACUGAACAAGCUCGAAAGAGAUAGCGUUAUGACUUCAGUUUCCAGUUGCGGUUAUAUCGUAUCGCGAAUAUUUUAAGUUUUCACUUCGUAUUGUUACAAAUAAGGACGGGGUCGAUCGAGUUGAUUGAAUGUAUGUAAUCGAAUGAAAUGCGUAUUAACGGUCGACUAACGUGUCUAAGUGGCCCCUCGACUGCUACAGACCGCUUAGCAUGUCGGCCCGGCCACGACAUUGCGCGACCGGCGACUGCGGCGGCGGCAACCAUAGGUUGGAGCGGGACACAGCGAUCGGACCUUUCGUUCCCACCUAUGGUUGCAGUCGCCACCGCCGUCGCCGGUCGCGCAAUGUCGUGGCCGGGCCGUAACUUGCGAUAUCAUAUCGAGCACGACUUCAAGUAUGGACGCAAGCAAUGCAACGCAAGUGAUGCUAAGUGGUCAGGUUUGUAGUGACAGAGACUGACGCUCCGACGUUGACGUCGCAAGUCAUUAACUUUAUAUACAGGCUGGAAUAAAGAAACUUGAUAAAUAAAAUAUCCUUAACAUUGAAUAUAGCCAAUAGAGUUGUUUUCUAUAAACUGAAAGUGUCUCACAGUGGUCAUGAAAAUUUUCGGAAAUAUGUAGAAAAACGAAGUCAAACAUUUUAAAGGUUAAUUAUUUUAAUAAACAAAGUCAUUAGAAGUUGAUGUCAUCGUCUUAAUGGAUAAUACAUAUAUAUGUAUAGGUAACUGUCAAAAAUAAAAUAUCAAUUAUGACCCAGUCACAAUGGUUAAAUCUCAGUGCCUAUUGCAUUUAAACUUUUAUCUGAUCUUUAAUCGUAUUUGUUAUACUCGCUUGGUUUAUUCCAUCCUGUAUACCCAUGCAAAGCCUAAACACGUAACGCAUGCUCGACGCUGACGCCGACUGCCACACAUUGGUUAACCCUUUUAUUAACGGAAUGAAAUUAUCCAAAAUAGAACCCUAUCUCUUUGAAAUAAAGUUCAAAAUAAUUGUGGGAAAUAUCCGUCUGCCUUAUAAAACUUAAUACAUAUGUAUGACGUUCGGCGUCAGCGUUUAGCGUGCAUUUCCUGGCCGGAAAGCGACGGACGGUGGCGAGAACGAGCGGCCUUAGAUAAGGAUGAAGCACAAUAUUUUCACUAUGAAAUAAUGUAUGUUUUAAAACGUCUUACAGACCGCCGCGGCCUGCGGUGGCGGCCCGUUCAUUUAAUGGUCUCUAUAGAAAUUGUCUCUGACUAUCGAUAUCGAUUUUACUCCAAAAUAGUUAUUUACGAUACAAGUGCGGAAAAGAGGAAAUUACCUAUUCGCAUGUGUAUCGUACAACGUUUUACAGUACAUAUGGCCCUUUAAACUUUUGACAUACGCAUGAAAAGUGAUGUUUCACGCACUAGUGCGGAAAAGUAGGACCAUAUGUACUGUAAACUAAUAUUCUGAUUUAGUUACGGUCACGGACUCUACAAAAAAAAUUUGAUUGAGGGAGUCGUGAAGUCUAAGAAAAAUUUUUUUUUACAUAUAGGAAACUAUAAGUCUAUUACUAGAAGAAUGUUACUCUAUAUACUUAUCUGUUUUAUAAGACUGUUUGUUUCUUAAUAAAUAAAUAAAAAUAAAAUAAAAAAAAAUCGAGACUGAGUUUGACACCUGAAGUUGAUAACGAUGUAUGCAAUGCAUGCGGUUCUAAAUCAGAUACACGAUUUUUUCUUAGACUCUAAACUUUUUUGUACAACUCGUGUUUAUUACUCAUGCCAUAGCUCCGGCGUGUGAGCGGGACAUCAUAGCGCUGUCUCUCUUAUACACCGGAACGUGAAGACCCCCUAAUUCGUUUCUACGAAAGCACCGCUACCGCGGGUCGCAGCGGUCUGAAAGACCGUGGCCUGUACGCCGAGGCCGCGCUAGGCUAAGUGCAGUUUGUGUUAUGUAUACUUUACCGCGUACCAUGUGGCGCCCGCAUGAUUAUAUGAACAUUAUGUACUGGAGACUCCUUGCUAAUGUAUUUCCUUUUGUAUAUAUUAAAGUUAGGAUUAAACUGCA